GACUUGAGCUGCCGCGGGAUGAAAUGUGGCCCAUUUGGCAUCAACAGCAUUUUAUAUCAGCGUGGCAUUUAUCCCUCUGAAACCUUUACUCGAGUGCAGAAAUACGGACUCACCUUGCUUGUGACCACUGAUCCCGAGCUCAUGAAGUACCUGAACAAUGUGGUGGAGCAACUGAAAGACUGGCUGUACAAGUGUUCAGUGCAGAAGCUGGUGGUAGUCAUCUCGAACAUUGAGAACGGGGAGGUCCUUGAAAGGUGGCAGUUUGAUAUUGAGUGUGACAAGACUGCCAAAGAUGACAGUGCGCCCAGAGAAAAGUCUCAGAAAGCAAUCCAAGACGAGAUCCGCUCCGUGAUCAGGCAGAUCACAGCUACCGUGACCUUUCUGCCACUGCUGGAAGUGUCUUGUUCAUUCGAUCUGCUGAUCUAUACGGACAAAGAUUUGAUUGUACCUGAAAAGUGGGAAGAGUCAGGACCACAGUUCAUUACCAAUUCUGAGCAGGUCCGUCUGCGUUCCUUCACGACUACAAUCCACAAAGUGAACAGCAUGGUGGCCUACAAAAUCCCUGUCAAUGACUGAGAUGAGCCGGGAAUAGUGGUAGAAUUCUUGAUGUGUGUUUCCUGAGACCAAGUCAGCCGUAGUUCAUGUUCUAUUUCAUUGAUUAAUUUUUAGAUGGGGAAAACUUAACAUUGUACUUUAUUGAACUGUGUAUAUUGUCCAUUUUUUGGUACCUGCUUGGCUUUCCAUGGGGUUGUCAUUUUUUGCCCACUGUCAAAGGGAACCAGCAAAUUACAUCAGCACUGUAAUGUCAGUUCCUUUGAAGGAGGUAACUGGAGAUGGAAAACUUUUGCUAAAAAGCUAAAUGUUUUCCUAAAUCAGACCUUUUGGUUAUCAAGUAGCUUGACUCAGUAUAGGUAAAUGUGAAACAGCAAAAGGAGUCUGAAUAUUCAGAAUUUUUGUUUAUUCCUAAAGUAACUGAUAAUCCACAAUCACAAAAUAUUCCUAGAAGGUCCUUUUGCCGUUUAUUUCAUUUGUAUAGUUUCCGUAUUGAAAAAAUCUCCAAUUCUUUGACUUUAAUGUAUAUAAUUUACACUUCCAAAGCUGUCCCUAUUUCUCCUGUCUAAAUUCUGGUGAUACAGAACUUUUAAUGUCUUUUUGUGUUUUUUAUAAAAUCAAGGUUUAAGUGACAAUGAUAAAUAAAGUUAAAUGUGUAUGUUUUAAA